CAAUCCCGGAAGAGGCAUGGUUUUGAACAGAACGUUGUCGUGAAAUAACAAUUGAAACAGAUUUACAGCUUUCAUUCUAACGCAGAAAAGUUGACAAAUAUUGAUCUGAAUUACGCUCUUCAUGUUUUGGAAAUGUGUAUGUGCGAGUUUAAUGCGAUAUUGCGUAAAACUGGAUCAGCGGUGUACCCGUGCAUUCCGGUGCGACGUAGCAAGCCAGCUAACAGUUAGCCGAACCACAACAAAGCUUUGAUUGGUUUAAAUUGUUUCUGAUCUCAUAUGGACAGGUGAUAAGCUAACAAGGGCGGCUGUGCUUCUCUAACUGUAAUGGGGUGGGUGGCUCUCAAGUAACACAAAUCCAGAUUCAUGUUUUGACAUUGCUCAUCUGCGGCGACUGGAGCCAGGUUGGACUAGAUCAAGCGAGUGUAUUUUCCUCGGCUCUAUCCACGGUCGUUGUCCGGCAACAUCUCCAAAUGGAAAUGUGACUCAAUCCCGCAAUUUGUGCCAGGCCAGCAGCCAAACGUUGGGUUCUCUUUUUUUUUUACGACAGCCGCAUAAUUUAUUUCCCUUUUCGGGCGAUUCUACGCUUUCGGAGCCCUUUUUUAAUGAAUUUACUCAAUUAUGGAGCACUCUGGCUGUGUCAAUAUAUGUAAUCUCACCAGCACGUUGCCAGUGAUUCCUUAUCGGAAACUGACGGAUUUACAUUACCUGAGUCGAGGAGGAUUUGGGACGGUUUUCCGGGCGCAACAUUCAGACUGGCGGACAACCGUUGCCAUCAAGUGUUUAAAAUUGGACUCUCCCGUCGGAGAAAGGGAGAGGAACUGUCUGCUGAGGGAGGCAGAGGUCCUUCACAAAGCCAGGUUCAACUACAUCAUCCAGAUCUUCGGCGUCUGCAACGAGCCGGAGUUCUUCUGCAUCGUCACUGAGUUCAUGAGCAAUGGAUCCCUGGACCAGUUUCUCCAUGAGAAGGACCUGUACCCUCAGCUCGCUUGGUCACUGCGCCUGCGAGUCCUGUACGAGAUCGCCCUGGGUGUCAACUUCCUGCACAACAUGACUCCGCCCCUCCUGCAUCACGACCUGAAGACCCAGAACAUUCUGCUGGAUGCCGAGUUGCAUGUUAAGAUUGCGGAUUUCGGGCUGUCAAAAUGGCGGCAGCUUUCCAUCAGCAAGGCUUCCGGUUCCAAGCCGCCGGAGAUGGGGGGCACGGUGAUCUACAUGCCCCCCGAAAAGUACGAGCCCUCACAAACACGACCGCCGGACGUCAAGCACGACAUGUACAGUUAUGCAAUCAUUAUGUGGGAAGUGCUGUCGAGGAGGAUACCAUUUGAAGAGGCCACUAACCCCAUGCAGAUCAUGUUCAGUGUUUUGAGGGGUAACAGACCCGACACCGGGCCGGACAGCCUGGACCCCCACAUCCCCUGCAGGGAGACCCUCGUUGACCUCAUUACCCGGGGAUGGACCGCCAACCCGGACGAGCGGCCGUCCUUCCUCCAGUGUCUGAUCGAGCUGGAGCCCAUGAUGCGGCGGUUCGACGAGGUCGAGGUCCUGGAGGCCGUGCUGCAGGUGAAGCGAGCCAAGGCGCUGAGCCGUUUCCCAGCAACCUCAGCGUGCGCCGCGAAGAAGGAGGAGAAAACGCUGAACGCCAUGAAGGAAGCCAGCACUCCUUGGCCGGACACAAGCUCUGCCUCUGGCUCCUUCUCCUCCCAGGAGGCAGAGAUGUCCCAGCCUGGCUUUCUGACCAUCAGCAGCGCCCCCUCAUCCAAAGAGGGGCAGCGCUGUUCGCCUGAUCCCUUCUGUAAACAGGUCGACCUCCAGCACAAGCUCUACAGCAACAAGACAGACCCCUCUUUGGUGUCACAUCCUCUGGAAUACCCAAAGUCCCUGGUGGACCCUGGCUGUGAGAGCUUUGAGGACAACCUGGACUGCCAGACGGCCCGUCCUGUCUCGGGCCCCAACAUCCCCUUCAAGAGGGCCGUCCCAGAGGAGAGCGUGGGCGACUCGCAAUUCAGCUGCCUCUCCCUGAAGCCCCGCCCCCUAGCAGCGACGGCCCCGCCCUUCUCCCCGCCCUUGGCCACGCCCCCGGGGCCGGCGGCGCAGUGGAUCCAGGCCCGGCGGGAGGAGGUGGUGCGGCAGAUGACGGAGGCGUGCCUGAACCAGAGCCUGGACGCGCUGCUGGCGCGCGACUUCCUGAUGCGGGAGGACUACGAGCUGGUGUCCAAUCAGAUCACGCGCACCGCCAAGGUGCGGCAGCUGCUGGACACCUGCGACCGGCAGAGCGAGGACUUCUGCAGGGUGGUGGUGCGCAAGCUGCAGGAGAACAAGCAGAUGGGCCUCCAGCCCUUCCCAGAGUUCCCCUCACCAACCCCCACCCCCACCUCCACCGCCCCCACGGCCACCUACGUCAACAGCCGCAAUGUGUUCUAACCCCCCUCACACACAUACACAUUCACACACACACACAAAUACACAAAAACCCACACACACACAUACACAUUCAGACUCACACACUCUCUCUCUCUCUCUCUCUCUCACACACACACAACACACACUCUCACUCUCUCUCUCACACACACAAGGGGAGGCCCACAGCAGUCAGCUUUCAGCAGAGGGGGUUCCCUGCUCCCCCAGAGAGAGGGGGGUGUGAAGUGGGGUGUGGGUUGCCAAGGUCAUUUUCCACCCACGCCCCCUCCCCCUACUCCAAAAAACAGGGAUAGAACUGUAAAAGUCCCUGGAACUGUUGGCUGUAUUAUUAUUAUUAUUUGGGUUUCUUUUCUUCUUUUUUUUUGCGGGGGGGCGGGUGCAGUGGAGUUUCCUGUCAUUGGAUGCCUUUGUUCUGGGCCCUUUGCAUUUUGGGGGUUCGAUUUGCCUCUUGGAACGUCAGUCGAAGAUGAUCACUGAUCAGAAAAAAAUUAUACAGAUGGAUCAUGUCUGCCAUACCAAAAGUGCUAAAUUUGCAUUUGUAACAUCUUUGAUCAAUUUAUUUUGGUUGGGUUUUUUUUUUUUUAACCUCCACCUAGGAGGUUAUGUAAUGACAUGCAUCCGUUUGUCUGUCCGUGACUGACAUAUCUGGAAAAGUAAUAGUCGGAUUGCCAUGAACGUUGGCGUGUGCACACGUUUCCAAGAGGAAGAAACUUUCUGAGUUCGGUGAGCCCAUGACCUUUCUUCUGGUGCCACCAUCAGGCCAAAUUUCAGUUUGAGAUCUACAUACUGUAUCUCAAAAGGUAAUGACGGGAUUGUCAUGGAAUUUUCUGCGCACAUUAAUGUUCCCAAGAGGAAGAAACCUAUUGAUUUUGGUGAUCGCACGAUCGUUCCUGUAGCGCCACCAUCAGGCUAAACAUAUCUUGAAAAGUAAUGACUGGCUUACCAUGCUGUCCAUCAGCAUCAAGGUAUUGGCCAGGUAUCACACUGAUCUACGGACAAGAACAAUGUUACACGUAGACAUUUAUACAGAGUGUAAAUAAGGCAUGAUAAGUGAAUGAAUAAGUAAUGUUUAUAGACUAGGUGACUCGAUUGGUUGAAAGCCCACCUGCAUCAAGUUAUAUUGCAGGUCAUUGGGUAUUGUGUUAGUAGGACCAGACAAGACCGUUAGCAUUUGAUUAGCUCCAUGCGUGCCUGCGUUUGAACCAACUUCAACUUAAACACGUUUAAUCGAAUCGCACGUCCAAACAAAAACGUCGCUUCGCAGCGAUGGACGAUUCGCAAAAACCGGUUCUUCUUCUGCAGCUCUCUUUGGUGAACACAAAAGGUUCUCACGGUGCUGCCGCCAACGGUAGUGGCAGCGUUAUAGCAUUUACGGAACAUUUACAGUUACGCCAUCGUGAGAACAUUUCUUUGGGGUUCUUUUCUGCCAAGGACACCUUUACUUUUUUGGCUCAGCGUUUCUCAGAAAGAAAUGCUUCUUUGUUAUCAGAUUGCCAAGGCAUUUACUGUGCACGUUCAUUCAUGCUAAGCUGUGCCUUGGCCAUGGUCAGCACUUUGCGGAGUGCAUUCUCUCUAGUUUAUUUUGAUCUUGUUCCAGUGAAGGGGAGUGAACUUAUUUGAAAACAUUUUGAUUAGAGUUCAGGAGUCAUUUGGUAUAUCUUCCAGCUUGUAUCUAUUAGAAACCUAAAGGAACUUGGGUUGAAACACACACGCAGUAUUUUUUUUUUUUUUUUUGAAUGGAAAGUUUAAGGAAACAUAUCUGUUGAGCCUGUCGAUUGUUAGCCUUUGCACUUUCUUUGAAGGAAAAUUGUGUUCCAUUGCCCUUAUUUUCCUGUGUUAGCCUUCCUGUAGAAGCCAAAUAUUUAUUUAUAUUUGAACAUUUUAGCAUAUAACAGAAUUGUAAGUGUUAUGGGGAAUCUGCAGUAGGCUCACCUGUUCUGCAAUAAGUGUUAAGAAAUGAAACUUAAAUCUGUAGUCGUAGUCUACAGCCUUCCAUAAAGUGAAAAUUUGGUAAUGGGGGAGGGGGGGAGUGCAGUAAGCGCUUCCCCUGUUUAUCCUUUUCCACACUUGUCUAUUUAUGGCAAUCGCAUCUGACGCAAGAAAUAAGGCAAGCAUUGGAUUUGCCCAGAUUCGAACUGAAUUCCAUCUGGCGGUCGUCCAGGUGAGAUUCCACUGUUUAUGUUUUGUAGGCCAUUUUGUAGAGCCUAAUUUUUAAUUCAUCGACUGGCUAAUUGAUUCAGAUCAGUUGCCAUUGCUGACGGGCAGUGCGGGGGGGGGGGGCUAAAUUGGUGUGACAUCACUGUCAAGGAAACUGGAAGCUCAUUUGUGAUUUCAUUUUUUAUUUUUUUCCAUGGAGGGGCAACACAGACUUUUUGUAUUUAUGCUUCCUGAUUCCCUUUCCUCACUUUAGGGUGUGGUGGAGCAGCACUCUUGAGAUCUGUGACUUCCCUUUUUAAAAAAAAAAAAAGUGCCAAAAUUCUCUCUUGAAGCUGCUUGCUCCUCAGUUAGACUGCUGUAUGUAUAUUUGUUAUCUUUCUGAUUUCAGAAGGGAUGGUUAGUUCCUCCCACCUGUAUUUCAUAUCAAUUUAUGCUGUAAGAACAGUGCCACCUCUGCACCAGCAGAGGGCAGUCUGACAUGGUGUAGCAGUAACUACUAGGACCUUAUUACCCGGUACUGAAAUCUCCUUCUCUCAAGAGAACCCACCAUCUUAACCCUCAUGUCCUACUGAUUAACAUUACAUUUGAGAGGCUCAUUUAUUCUUGGAAAAGAAACAAAAUACAGGCUCCAGGACCAAGAUUACCAUUCUCUGCCAAAAAUUUGGGCUAGGAAAAUAUAGACAUUUUUCUUAUUUUAUAUCAUUUUUUUUUUUUUUUAAUUGUGGCAUUGUAUAUAACUGUUGCCUUAUCAUCACUUCCAAAGUGUGCGUUAUUUGGGUCAUUGGGGGAGAAAAAGUAUAUAUAUAUACUUAAAGAGUUUUACUGUUUCUGUUUACAAAUACUGUGCCAUCAUCAUAGGUUCUGUGUGCCAACAUGACACUUCUAGAUGAUUCCACAGGUUGCCCUGCUCCUCUCUACCUCCCCCCCUAUUUCUGAGUAUAUGGGUGUUAUGGUGAUAGAUAUCCACGCUGAAAUUUAGAGGACAAAGUGUUAGCAUGGUAGCAUCUCUCUCUCGCGCUCUCGUACACACACACACACACACCCACGCACGUGCACAUACACAUGCACACACACACACACACCCUGCACCACAACAAAAUCAUUCUCAAUGUUCUAAUGUUAUAGGAUGUUCCCUUUACUUACUUCCUUUAGCCUGGAUAGUAGCAUAGCGGAGUAAAUUUAUUUAAUUUCUCUCUCUCUCUCUCUCUCUCGGAACCUUGUUUACUUUGGUUUAAAUAGCUCACGUAAAACAGAAGAAAAAAAAAACAAGCACCAACAUGGACAAACUUUGUCGACGUGUUAUAAAAGUGCUUAGGUUAUGAUCUGAUCAUUUUAGUUUUUUUUGUAUCUGGAAUUUUUUGCUUGCCUCGAAGUGAAAUAACAAAUAGAAAUAUAUGUGUAGAGUACUUGCAUUACUUGAAUGUACAACCCUUCCUUAAAAAUGCAGGGUUGAAUUUUGGGCAGAUGUGGACAUUUUAAUAAAAUACCUGUACUGAA